UUGAAUAUUUGGUAACAAUAUUGUAUCCGAGAAUAACGCCCACAGCAAAAUAAUAACGUGAAUUUUAUGCUGGAGCCAGAAGCAUAGUUGUGUGUCAUCCGGCUGAUUCAUUGGCAGUGUGGCCUUUGAGCGAAAAUUCAAUUAGAGCGUAGUUUAUAAAUGCCACCGUCACAAAACAUGUUUAUGAGCUCUUAGCAUGAGCUCCUGCUGGAAGUAGUUUGGGAGUGACGUGGAGUGCUUUACACCGCUGAACAUAUAGUACAUAUAGUCAUAUAACAUAUAGUCAAGGGGGCAAGUUAUACGUUUCCCGAUGAAAACAAAUCCUAUCCUUCCCAUGCGCUUGAAUGCGAAAGAUGAUUAAACGUCAGCAACCCUUAUACCAAUAAAUUUAUAGAUACCACAAACUUUCCAGAAUGCUUUCAAGUAUAGGCUGCGCUAGUACAUAUGAGAUUAGAUUAGAGCGGAAAUAAGUGUAACAGUAAUAUGUGGUAAUAUCGAUAAAAUAUACGUUCAAGAUGAUUUGCGUUCAGUACGAUUUGCUAAAUGUCGCAUGAAAGAAUGAGCGCCAACAGACUGUUGACCAUCGGAUGUCUCGCCGAUAUGAUACGUGGACAUAUGUUGGAAAAACCGUUGGUACAAAUUCUGGGAUCGAAACGAAUCAGCAAUCAGUCCGAACGUGUCAAACUGUCGAUCUCUGAUGAGCUGCACCAGUAUAGUUUAACUGUUUUGGCCAAAAAUCUGAACGAACUGUACGAAGCCGGUCAGUUAGCAGAGUUUACUGUAAUUCAAAUUAAUCGUCAUUACUUCACUCCGAAUUUGAAUCGCAAUAUGCUUCCAAAUCUGUUGAUCUUGGACUUAACAGUGAUCAAACCGGGCGCUUCAAUCGGAAAAAAGAUUGGUAAUCCGCAGCCCUUGAUGGAUCUGGGAGCUGCUGGCAGCAGUAGUAACUUCGCUCUUCCGUCUAGUUCGAAGUCUGUCGGAAAUGUCAGACAUGACGAUUUGGUAGAGGACCUGGCAGAACUCAUGGCUGAUGAUGCCACCCCUAAUAAGGAAAUUGAAAUUGAUGACGAUUCGGACGCUAGAGGCACUGUUGGCAAAGCGGGCAUGUCAUUCAUUCAUUGCGACGAGCAUUUUAAAUUGGAUGAAGAAGUAGCGUCCAAAUACAUCAAUGCGUUGGAAACAACUCAACAAGAAACUUCACGUGAAAGUGUGGUAGCUAAUACGUUGGAGUACUUCGAAAAACCAAUGACAGAGAAAGUCUGCUUGACUGAGGAAAUAACUAUUAAUGCCGCUUUGGGCGCUAGACCUACUGUUAAGAAUGUAGACAUGCCACUCACAAACGAAUGCACCAUAGGUUUGGAUUCGGAUGACGAAGGAUGCCUCUCAGAGUUUUGGUUCAAAGGUAUCUACAUUGAACGCUUAUUUAGAAAACAGCGAAGUAUGAAGAAAAUUGAUCUGGCUCUCGUACGGGGCGAUACGCCGGACGAGAUUCUUCGAUGCAUUUGGAAGCGAGCUGAAAAAGUGGUUAAACGCCAAGUUAUUUUUGAAGGCGAAACUCCGCAUUGGUCCAAGAAACGCAAACCAGGAUUUGAGGACAUUGCACAUUUUAUUUCACUGAAAGAAACGACGAAGAAAAAAGUUUACACUACAUCGUCAAUUACACCACAGAUGCUAAAAUCUUGGAGGGAUAAAGCUAUCAACAUAUUCGUUCAUGUCUAUUCGACAGGCGUCAACACAUCUGUUCAGUAUCGACUAAUAUUGCGAAGACCGAUAACUCUCAGAAAAACCAGUCCCUCUGGCACACAUUACUCCACUGUUGGAGUAUUGAACUCUGAGUCAAUCAACUCAUCACCGGCUAACGCUCAGGACCAGUUGAUGCAAGCUCAGUCACCACCUCGAAAAUUGUCCAAAUGCUUCCAAAGCGCCGGUGCGUUUGAAGCAACUCAACAACAAGUAGCACAUCGGAAUACGAUAACUGCGCAGACGAAUAAUGAUGCUUUGAGUCGUGACAUCGCUGAUCUAAAAAAUGACGAAGGAUGCCUCUCAGAGUUUUGGUUCAAAGGUAUCUACAUUGAACGCUUAUUUAGAAAACAGCGAAGUAUGAAGAAAAUUGAUCUGGCUCUCGUACGGGGCGAUACGCCGGACGAGAUUCUUCGAUGCAUUUGGAAGCGAGCUGAAAAAGUGGUUAAACGCCAAGUUAUUUUUGAAGGCGAAACUCCGCAUUGGUCCAAGAAACGCAAACCAGGAUUUGAGGACAUUGCACAUUUUAUUUCACUGAAAGAAACGACGAAGAAAAAAGUUUACACUACAUCGUCAAUUACACCACAGAUGCUAAAAUCUUGGAGGGAUAAAGCUAUCAACAUAUUCGUUCAUGUCUAUUCGACAGGCGUCAACACAUCUGUUCAGUAUCGACUAAUAUUGCGAAGACCGAUAACUCUCAGAAAAACCAGUCCCUCUGGCACACAUUACUCCACUGUUGGAGUAUUGAACUCUGAGUCAAUCAACUCAUCACCGGCUAACGCUCAGGACCAGUUGAUGCAAGCUCAGUCACCACCUCGAAAAUUGUCCAAAUGCUUCCAAAGCGCCGGUGCGUUUGAAGCAACUCAACAACAAGUAGCACAUCGGAAUACGAUAACUGCGCAGACGAAUAAUGAUGCUUUGAGUCGUGACAUCGCUGAUCUAAAAAAUGACCUUCACAAAGCUAUCAACAUACUGCAGGGCAUGGAGCAGAAAAUGGAGAACUUUUCCACAUAUGUAAGUUAUGGAAUAUCGAACCCGCUACAUCUGUAGCAACAGUACCGAACCCACAACCCACAUGGCAAUGGACAUUCGACACGUCAAUUGCCACACCACGGAAACGCUGAGACAACAGGAACUCGAGGUAGCAACACCUGAGGAGAAUAACGUUGCCGAUCAACAUCGACGAUAUACUUUGCAAAAUUUAAUGAUAGUUUAUAAUAGGGAUUUAUAAUAGGAUCCCUAGUUUAUAAUAAGGUCAGUGAUAGGAAUGCGACUUCAGUCUCCAUCCAGUGCAAGCAGUAAAGAAAUGUUUCCAAUUUGUAACCAAAGAAAAUUAAAUAAAAGUGUAAUAGCGAAUAGUUUAAGUGAAAUAAUUUUUAU